AUGAAGACGGCAGCUCAGCACUGGAUGUCUGUGUGGAUUUAUUUGUUAAAGUUACUGAGGAGAACGAGGAAGAAAGGGUUCUACAAUGGUGAAAGUUGGAUUUUCGUGUAUGAGAAGUGCACUUUGUGCCCUAAACGUGGUUUAUAUGAUGGUGGGUGUUUUACUGAUUGGAGUGGCUGCCUGGAAAAAAGGUUUUGCUUUAGUGGCUAGCAGUAACAUCAUUAGUGGGGUGGUAGCACUCGCUGUCGUCCUGCUCCUGAUCUCCAUGUUGGGACUCAUCGGGACUCUCAGACACCAUCAGAUUCUGCUGUUCUUUUACAUGGUGAUCCUGCUGGUAGUCUUUCUUUUCCAGUUCAGCGUGUCCUGCUCCUGUCUGGCCUUCAGUGCAGAACAACAGGAGAACGUUCUCUGCAGCUCCUGGGAAACGAUGGACGGUGACGCUAGAAAAACUUUGGAGCAGCACAUGGACUGCUGUGGUCUGAUCAACAGUCCUGAGAAGAGAGACGAGUUCAGCAUGGAUGCCAGUCUCUGCACCGCUGCCUGUAAAGUAAAAGGGAUCUGCUUCAAAUGUGGGGAUCUACUACUGCAGGAUGGGGGUGAAGCUCUGAAGAUUCUGGGUGGUGUUGGACUCUUCUUCAGCUUCUCAGAGCUACUGGGUGUUUGGCUGGUGCUGCGCUACAGGAAACAGAAAGACCCUCAAACCAGCCCUGAUGCUUUCUAACCACAAUUCCAGAUCAGACAACCAGACCACCUUUGCUAUCUGUCCAAAAGUUUGUGUUUCUUCCGAAAUGAAGGUGUUAGUAGUGAGUGUGUGCUGCAGUAACAGCCCCUACUCUUCUGAAGGCUUUCCAAUAGAUGUUGGAAGGCUUUACACUAGAUGUUGGAACAUUGCUGUGAGGAUUUGAGUGAGCAUUAUUGAGGUCAGGUACUGAUGCUGGAUGGUCAGUUCUGGAUCGCUUCAACUCUUCCUAAAGGUAUUGGCUGGAACUCCAUCAUUCCCAAGUUCCACUGCUCCACAGCCCAACGCUAGGGGGCUUUAUACCCCGCUAGCCCACAUUGGACAUGGUGACCUUAGGAUCAUGUGUGGUUGCUCCAGAGCAUCCCAUUCUAUCAGUGCUUUUCUAUGGACAUUCUUUAGGAGGACACUUCUGGACAGAUGUGGGAAAUGUCGUAUAUAAUAUAUAAUAAAGUUAUCUUUUUUACCUUUUACUAGUUACAGGGUGUACCUUACCUUUUUUCUUACUGUAAAGGACACUCUGAGCGCAGUGCUGAAUGGAGGGAACUUUCUUUCAUGUGGCCACCAGUUCAAACCUAAACUGAAAUAAGAGAGUUUCUCUGUGUAAAACAAGAUCACUGGUGUUUUAAAUAGUUUUGAAAACAUGUAGUGAAGUCCACCAUGAGGCUUUGUGAAUAACACACCACUCAGAAACAAGCUGAUCUAAUAAAAUUAGUCAGUGCUCUUUUGCAGGUUUCAGAUGUUUCACAUAAGUAUAGGCUGAUGUAUUUAUAUUUGCUGCCAGCUUAUUAGGCCAAUCUACCCUGUACCUACACUUCUCAGCCAAAAUAUAUCAUGAAAAAUGUAAUGCACUUUGUAGAAUUACAGUUGCAGACCAUAGCCCAAAAUCCUUCUGUGCCAGUCUUAUUGGAUCUUAGUGCAGCUUUUGAUACUGUUGAUCACAAGAUUCUAAUCCACCAUUUUGAAUUCUGGGUGAGCCUCUCAGGCACAGUUUUAGAAUGAUUUAAAUCAUAUUUAGUUAAUAGGCAGGUCUUGGUUUCCCUGAGAAAUCACUCAUUAAAAAAAGUUAACAUUUCCUGUGGAGUUCCUUAAGGUUCAGUUUUAGGGCCUUUGUUUUUCUCUUUGUACGUUACCUCUAGCUAUAUUCAUAGCUAUGCUGAUGACACAGAAUUCUACAUUUCCAUUACUUCUGAUGAUCAAGAUUCUGUAGACAGCCUGACCGGCUGUGUGUCAGAUAUUUCUCAUAAACUUUUCUACAGCUUAAUCACAAGAACUAAGAUAUAGAUCAUUGAUGCUAAAACUGCUGCAUUAUGUGAUGCUCAGCUCUUUAGGUUUAUAAACCAAUCCUGCAGCAGGAAACCUGGGUGUGAUCUUAGACUUGGAGCUCUGUUUCAUCUGCAUGUAAACACAGUCACUAAAGCAAAUUUUCAUCAUGUGAGAAACAUCACAAGUUCAGCCAUUUCUGUCUCGAAGUGAUGCAGAGAAACCUGUUGUUAUGUUAGAUCAGCAGAGUUGAUCACUGCAAUGAUCGUCUACCUGGAGAAAUCAAUGUGUCCUCUACGACUUGUAAAGAAUGCAGCAGCACGGAUCCUCAAUUUUUUAUGAGAGAUUUUAAAGCUCUGCUGCUGGUUUUUAAAGUUUGUGUCAGUUUAAUAUCUUAGAUCUGCAGAUACUGACCUGCAAACACCUUCCGUAAAAUACAGAAAACAUGGAGAAACUCUGUUAUUCUGCUUCUAAACUGUGGAGCUCAGUUCACCUUUUAUUAGACAGUCAAGCUCAGAGCUCAUGUUUAAUCAACAUCUGAAAACGCAAUUCUUUAACUCAGCACUUCAUUCAAACUCUACAUCUCUUUUGAUAUUUAUCUCUUCAAUUUAAUCUAGCUGCUUCAUACGAUUUUACAUUAAUACUCACAGUUUCUUCCAUUACUGUUGAGCUUAAUAACCUGAUUGUAAAGCACUUUGAGCUGCCACUGCCAAAAGAGACAAGUGCUAUAUAAAUAAAGACGGUUAUUGUUACUGCUCCCCACUAUGAUGGUAAGGGACCACCAUAGGGCUACCACAGCCCAGAUAUUAUUUGGUUGGUGGAUCUUUCACAGCACAGCGAUGACACUGACGUGAUGGUAACAUGGUGGUGGUAUGAGUGAAUGAGUAAAAACUUUAAAAAAUAAUUUUAAAGUUUAGUUGCUUCGAAAAAAAUAUCAGACUGGUCUCGGCUGAUACUCAAGGUUUCGAUAUCAGAUUAAUAUUGGUAUCAGUGCGGUAUUUACAGCUAAUUUACUGCUGAUAUUUGAACUUGAGAGCAAAAGAAACACACCCCUCCCUUCAUUGCCCCUUCAGAAGCUCCACCCCCCAAACACAUGAUGGUGCAUUGCCAAGGUGAAUGAAAUUUUGAGAAACUCUUUGCAAACACUUUAUGAACAGCUUUAUUUUGUGCUCAGGAUGCUGUUACUUCAUUAUAUCUCUACAUAGAAAACAGUUGUUCGUUGUUAUUUUAAUGUUUAAAAUGCCGUUAUCAGAUUGGUAUCAAUAUCACUGAUGCUCAAAGUUUCAAUGUCAGAUCAUCAUGGGUAUUGGCUGACACUGAAGGUUUAAAUAUCUGCAUUAGAAAAGUAAAGGUCCUAACAUACUGUCAUAAAUUAAUCCAGUGCAAGGUGGUCAGAUUUUCACUAGUCAGUGCUGUAUUCAAAAUUUCAAAUCAUCACAACCUGAUACAGCUCUCAGUGGUGUAAUUUCAAGGGUCAGAUAGGACUGUCCAGGGACAAAAUAUAUCCAGCCAAGGAUGUUCCUGAGGUCAGAAACGGACCACUGAUGAAGGACAAUCAGAAGGCUGUACUAAGAAUGCUUGUAUAAUACAGGUGUGUCUAAUAAACAAUGUAUAAAUGUUCAAUGACACCAAAGAAAUAUAGCAUCAGCCAACACAGACACCAACAACUACCAAUGUUUAAAAUGAUCUGUUUUAAAACAUCAUCCACCUUAAAGAUUACUCAACAUUUCAAAAUUUAAGUAUUGCCUGAUACUCAUGGUUUUAAUGUCACAUCAGUAUCAGCUGAUACUCAAGGUUCAACAUCUGAUUGGUACUGCCCAUUACUCAAGGUUUUGAUAUUAGAUCAUCUGCCAAUACUCAUGGCUUCAAAAUCAGAUCAGUAUCAGUUGAUACUCAAGAUUUUUAUAUUAGAUCAGUAUCAGCAGUACUCAAAGUUUCAAUAUUGGUAUCAGCCGAUCCUCAAGAUUUCAAUUUUGGUUUAAGCCGGUCCUCAAAAUUUCAAUAUCAGUACCAGCCAAUACGCAUUAUUUAAAAAUCUGAUUAUCAGCCGUUACUCAGUUUCAAUAUUGGUAUCAGAUGAUACUCAACGUUUCAAUAUCAGUACUGACCAAUACUCAAGAUUUUAAGAUAAGAUCUGCCCAUUCUCAAGGUUUCAAUAUCGGUAUCAGCCGAUACCGAAGGUUUCAAUGUCAGUAUUGGCCCAUACUCAAGGAUUCAAUAUCGGUAUCAGUAUAGGACAAUAUUUAGGGUUUCAAUAUUGGUAUUAGCCAAUACCCAGAAUUUUAAGAUUAGAUCGGUAUUGGUCAAUUCUCAAGGUUUCAGUAUCAGAAUCGGCCAAUACUGAACAGUGUUAUUGUGACUUUAAUCCAGGGUUAGUUGGUCAGAUUGUUACGACAGUGAUCAUUGCUGUCAUUUUCUAAUCACUCUCAGAUAUUUAAAAAGACAAAACAGAUGCGUGUAAAAGAUAAACAGCUUUAAUAGGGUUUAGCAACAUCAAAGUGUUACAU